GCUAACUUAGCAACAGUCAAGCAUUGCAUGGCGAGCCGCCGUAUUCACAACCAAAACAGCGUGUAGAAACACUGGAUAUCAGUCAGGUCCGGCCUGUAAACACAGCCGAGUGUCUGUCCGCAUCAUGUCCAGCGUUCAGCUGCUCAGAGUUCUCGUUAACGAGCGGCUGUCUGCGGCCGCCGAGGAGAUCUUCGAGGCGGUUAAAAAAACCAUCGCAGGCUACGAGGAGGAGAUCCUGCUCUCCAAACGGGAGAUCCGCCGGCAGCGCAGGAUGCUGCGAACAGUUUUACACCCUGAAAUAAAGAUAAACAAACAGUCAGCAGAUCAACCUCAGCUGGCUCUUUCCGUCUGGGACGAGGAAUUCCCCUCCAACCAGCAGCAGCAGCCUGACAACUGUGAUCAGGCAUGGAGCUCCGGUCCAGACCAGGACGACCAGGAGCCUCCAGAAACUAAGGAGAGCCAAGAAGACCCCUCAUGCAGCCAGGAGGGGGAGGAGGAGGACAAGACCAUCAGGUUCAUCUUCACUCCUCCGUACGUGAAAAAUGAGCUUGACCAGCCUCAGUCCAGUUAUCAGAGCACUGAGGGAGAAGGAGAUCCUCUACCGAGCACGUCAGCUGAGCAGAAGGCAGAGGGUGAUGAUGGAGCGUCCUCCAGCUGUUCUGCAAAUGAACACGACGAUAGCGACGAGGACUGGAGGGGCAGUGCGGGAUCUCAGAGUGACAACAGUGACAGUGACCACAACGGCAAGCAGAAGAGGAGGAAGGGGCCUAGACUACCAAUGGCCCCAAAACUGCCCCUGACUAAAAAAGCAAAAUCACGAAUUUGCUGUAAAGUCUGUGGGAAAGGCUUUCACGCGAAUGUGUCUUUGGUGAAUCAUAUGGAGGUUCACCCAAAAGAAGUGUGUGGUGUGUGUGGGGAACGAUUCGAGACUGAGGACAGCUUUCAAGUUCACCUGAAGACACAUGUGAAAGCUGAAAUCUGUAGCGUUUGCGGGAAAUGUUUUGGGGCCUCCAGCUCUUUAGAGACACACAUGAGGAUCCACACGGGAGAGAAGCCGUUUAACUGCAGCGAAUGUGGGAAAUCCUUCAACUGUCGCCACAACAUGAUGCGACACAUCAGGAUACACACAGGAGAAAAGCCGUAUACUUGCACUGUCUGUGGCAAAUGCUUCAAUGACUACUCCACGCUGAAACGUCACCUCCUUAUUCACAUGCACAAGAAAGACCAUGACUCAGUUAACACUUCUGCAAACAAUAAUGAAAAUGGCGACGACAUGGAGAAGAAGAAGAAAACAUUGUCGUCAUCACAGAAGAAGCAGCAGACUCAGACCAUAUGUGAAGUAUGUGGGAAAAUGUUUCACUCCAUGGUUUCUCUGGUGAAUCAUGCCAAAAGUCACGCCACAGACCUCUGUGGCGUGUGUGGGAUGCAUUUCGAUUCCCAGGAAAACUUAAAACUUCACCUGAAAACUCACAAAAACGGGAAAGUCUGUGAAGUGUGCGGGAAGUGUUUUGACAGUCAAGGAAACCUGGAGAUGCACAUGAGGAUCCACACGGGGGAAAAGCCGUUCCUCUGCAGCGAGUGUGGCAAAUCCUUCAACUGCCGACACAACAUGAUGCGACACAUCAGGACCCACACGGGAGAGAAACCCUACCUGUGCAACAUCUGCGGCCGCUGUUUCAGUGACCACUCCACGCUGAAACAGCACAGCAGCACACACACCGGAGAGAAACCACACCGCUGUGAGAUCUGCGGUAAAGGCUUCCACCGAAAGACUUACGUGAGGCUUCAUAUGAAGAGCCACACAACUGAGAAGUGACUGUUCUGUAAAUAUAAUGGGAUGUAAAUAAAAACCUUGACAUGAAAAGUUUUUUUAAGCCAAUAUCGACUUUUUUUAACAUGUCAGGGCUGCAAAUUCAUCUCGACUGUUCAUGCAUCAUUUGCCUUGUUGGGAUCUUAUAGGAUCCAUUUUUUACACUGUCCCAAUCAAUUUUUUAAAUGGUUGAAAAACCUAUUUUUAAGAUGAGAUGAUGUGACAAGUUGUCACCAGUCAUUGCAGUUUGCUGCCCUUAAAAGCAGGUUUAAAGCUGUAAUAGCAGAUUUUUGGCACUUGGAGGCAGCAGAACAAGCUAAACACGACAUACAAUCUCUUUAUUAGGUUAGUUUGGCUGAUGUGUUAGCAAUUAGCUGCUCAUUAGCACAUUAUCACUCAUAUGUAGUUGUGUUAGUGUCCACCUUAAGUCCAGUGUUCACUCUUCAGCUUCAGGUUAUUUACAUCACGUGCAGUCUGCAACACUUCACAGGUUAAAAGGGACCAGUUAACUGUUAGUUGACUGCUGUCAGUAUAGAGUGGUGCAAAAUUGAGUCCUAAAACCUGGAAAUGAGUUAGCAUUUUGGCACACUGGUUCCCUCGUCUUGAUGUCAUUGGGGUUUUUGAAUUGGUGCUAAGGUCUGUGGUUAACACAAGCUUAAAAGACUUUAGUACUACUACCAUAAAUACGUCCGUAAAUACCCUACAGGUACAUUUGAAAGCCUUUAUGCGUCUUAAAAAAUAUCAGCCUAACGUCAGCUUUUUAAUUCUGGUGAUUGCAUUUAGGCUCAAAGAAUCACAAAAGUGGUCUUGAUACGUGAAGAUUAUCUUGCUGAACAAAACUUGUGAGUAUCAUUAACCUUGUUUUGCCACAGAGCUUAUAUUCUGCAUCAAUACAAAAUUCAAAAGGAAAAAAAACAUUGGCUUCUCAUUGAGGGGACCAGGGCGACACUAACUUCCACAUGGCCUACAAAUAAACCUCAUCCCUAUAGUACUCUAUGUUUGACCAGUUAUACAUGUCAGACUGUAGGUUAAUUAUGCAACUCUCCAGUUUACUGCACUGCACAUCAAUAAAGUCUGGUGGGAGCUAGUUAGCAGCAUGUUAUUCAGCAAUUACCAUAUUAAUCAAAACUGACAUCCCUAAAUUGAAUAUAGAAUUUAAAAAAACACACUGACAUAGCAUGAUAAAAUUGAAAAUACCACUGAUCAAAGUAGAAACCAGACAUAAAAUUCUCAGUAUACAGAGAAAUAAGACACGAGAUGUACAUGUCAGUUAAAGGCUUUACUAACCCUUUACACGACUGAAAACAAGUUCCGUUAUGCGUUAAAGAAUAAGGCCAGAAAUAAUAUGUAUUCUUCUUACUGUCAAAAAACAAACAAACAAUGUAAUCGCCAAAACUAACGAUGUUGUAGUCCACGGUGCUUUCUAACUUCUUGUCUGUGGCUUAGUUUUAAAAAUGUGUGUCGCAUAAUGUUAAACGCCCUCCAUGUGCUGUUACAGUUUACUGCAGCAACACACAACGUGCCUAAGAUAAUGGAAAGAGUUUAAAUAGUAAAAGACUUUUUCUUGUCUUCUCAUUUAUGGCAUUUAUUUUAUCAGUUAAUAAUGCCAAGACUUAAAAAAAAAAAAUCCUCUUGUAAUAUUUUUGAGGUGUUCAACCAAAGAUGUUUGCAGAGCUGUGAGACUCUGACAGUGUGUCAACAUUCAGCUGUUUUAAUAAA